AUGGGCCAGGCACCCAUCGGCUAUCUGCUCUUUGCGGAGGAGAUGGCCUACAACCCCAAGGAUCCGACCUGGGUCAACCGUGACCGCUUCGUGCUUUCCUCCGGCCAUGGCUGCAUGCUGCAGUACUCCCUGCUGCACCUUGCCGGCUACGAUAGCGUGGCCAUGGAUGACCUGAAGCAGUUCAGGCAGUGGGGUUCCAAGACACCUGGCCAUCCAGAGAAUUUCGAGACGGCCGGAAUCGAGGUCACCACCGGGCCUCUGGGCAUGGGAAUCUCCAAUGCCGUUGGCUUGGCAGCCGCUGAGGCACACAUGGCGGCAACCUACAACAAGCCGGAUUUCACGCUGAUCGACCACUACACCUACACCAUUGCAGGAGAUGGAUGCAUGCAGGAGGGUAUCUCGCACGAGGCUUGCGCUUACGCCGGGCACCUGGGGCUUGGAAAGCUCAUCGCCUUCUAC